ACAUGGGGUUCUCCAAAACCUCUUUAUCUCUUUUGUUGUUGUCGUUCCACAUUUUAUUUUCUUCAUCAGAUGCAACUUCUCGCAUCCCACAUCGUCAAUUGUUUCAAAAAACACCAACCUUUUCACCAAAUCAACAAGUUAAUAUAAUACAUGGUGACUCUGUUGAUUUUGUCCCUGGAAAAAUGGUUGAGAAAAAUUUUUCGUUUCUUGGUGGUUCCGAUAAGCCUUCUAUUGAAAAUCUUGGUCACCAUGCAGGGUACUAUUCCCUUCCUAGUUCCAAUAGUGCAAGGAUGUUCUAUUUUUUCUUCGAAUCACAAAACAAUACUAGAGAUGACCCAGUUGUGAUAUGGUUAACUGGAGGUCCAGGUUGCAGUGGUGAAAUAGCUUUGUUUUACGAGAAUGGUCCUUUCCAUAUUUCCGAUAAGUCUCAGCUUGUACCGAAUAACUAUAGCUGGAACAAGGCAUCAAAUAUUAUUUUUGUUGACCAACCCAUUGGGACAGGAUUUAGCUACACUUUAGAUGAUAAUGACUAUUCACGUGAUGUAACUAGCAUUAGCAACUAUCUGUACGACUUCUUACAGGAAUUUUUCAAACAACACCCUGAUUUCGUUAAAAAUGAUUUUUACAUUACUGGAGAAUCAUAUGCUGGACAAUAUAUUCCAGCUCUUGCAUCCCGAGUUCGCCAAGGAAAUAAAGACAGUGAAGGAAUUCAUAUAAACCUCAAGGGCAUUGCUAUUGGUAAUGGAAUGACAAAUCCAUUAAUUCAGUACCCAUCAUUACCACAAUAUGCAGUUGAUAUGAAAUUGAUUACAAAGGAAGAUCAAGAUCAAAUCAACAAACUGAUCCCACCGUGUGAGGAUGCAAUUAAAUCUUGCGAGAGUGAAGGUGGAGACAGUUGCUUUACAGCUUUAACUCAAUGUAAUGACAUAAUGAAAAAUAUCUUGUCAAUUGCUGGCGGCAUUAAUUACUAUGACAUCAGAACGCAACGUGAUGGGGAAUUGUGUUAUGACUUCACACCUGUUGAGACAUUUCUAAAUGAUGAUUCUGUUAAGAAGGCUUUAGGUGUUCUUGAAGAUCUGUAUUUUCUUGCAUGUGGCAGACUAGCGAAUAAUAAAUUGAUUCGAGCACGGAUGAAUAACUUUGAAGAUGAUAUUCCUGCACUUCUUGAAGAUGGAAUCAAGGUUCUUAUAUAUGCAGGGGAAUAUGAUCUUAUUUGCAACUGGCUUGGGAUUUCAAAAUGGGUUCAUGCCAUGGAGUGGUCUGGUCAAAAACAGUUUGCAGACUCCAAAACAGUUCCAUUUUUAGUUGAUGGUGCACAAGCAGGAUCAUUGAAUAGCUAUGGACUUCUCUCUUUUCUAAAGGUGAAAGGGGCUGGACAUAUGGUUCCUAUGGAUCAACCAAAAGCUGCAUUUCAAAUGUUCGUAAAUUGGUUGGAUGGGACACUCAAUGAGAGAAGUGUUUAAUGUUGUCUAUUAAUUUAUUAAUUCAAACAAAUAUGUUAAUGCUAAAAUUAAAACAUCCUUGAUGAUAGUGUUAAUGAUCACAAUAUUGUUUCAUUUACAUAUAUAAUAAUAUAAAAAAAUCAUCCACG